AUGAUUAUGACGAGAUUUGUAUCGCUGUUAGCAUUUCUAAUAGCUGCUGCUAAAGCUGAAGGUUUUGUGGAAGAAGUAUCUUGUACGGCAGAUGCAAUCAACGUUGUUCUGAAUAAAACGGAUCCUGACGUACAACGAUGGAUGUCAGAUCCAAAAUCACAACCAGUCGUGUACGUCUAUGAGCAUAAAACACGUCCACCGUGUGGUUCUGCAAUGAAAAAGGGAAAUUUAGUAAACUACAACUUUACUAUUCCAUAUGGCGAUCAUUGUGAUGUGCAUCUAACUGAUUUGGAACCCAAUUAUCGGAAUGCAGAAACGACAAUAGCACUUGAAGAUAAUGCUGAUAUAACACCAUCCAAAACUGUGCGUGUUAAUCACGUCUUUUGUUUGUACACUAGAAGUGUGCAAACAAUACGAUUUAACGAUAUUUCUAGUGGUCAUGAGGUGGUUGCAUCUACUGGUGGAAAACCAAAACCUAAAGUUGAAAUGAUCUUCCGUAGCAUUGAUGGAAGGCCAUUGCGCGCAGCUAAAUUUGGUGAUAUUGUCGAAUUUUAUGUGGCUCUCUCGCCAGAUAAAGCAUAUCAUGGAAUAAGUCCUAAGGAAUGCAUGUUUUCUGAUCGAGAAGAUAUGUCAUCACCUGAUGCUAAGCACCUGACCUUUGUUCAGAGCAGCUGUCCUGUGGACGAAAUGAGCGAAAUUAUUGACCCUUUAGCCAAUGUUAAUGAAGAAGUAUAUUUUUCAAAGUUUAAAACAUUUCGUUUUGGCAAUCAGUCGACUGUAUUUGCUCACUGUACUGUGCAAGUCUGUCUCACUACUGAAGAAUGUGCUCAGAAAUGUUUCAAAAGAAUUAACAAUUCGAAUCUAACUGCUGAACGAUUGAGAUUUCGCCACAGACGUCAACUGGAUAACGAAUUUGAAUCCGGAAUGAAUCGUCGGUCAGAUUUGGUGAAUGAAAUUGCUCUGACACGACCGCUUACAAUUUUAGAUGAUUUAGAAAGCAGCGAAGUAAAUGGUAAAGCGGUAGAACAAUGUAUGAUCAAAAAUGCUGCCAUACCACUGCCAGUAUUCCUUCUUGUUUUAUUUCUAUCACUGUUAUCAGUAAUUUGCAUAACUGCUUUGAUCAUUACUGUUAAACGCUUGGCAAGUUACAAAAAGCUCGUUCCAUAUGGUUUGAACAUUUAUAGUACUUAUUCGGGACCAUCAGCACCGCUUCCCGCGCGAUGUUUAACUGAUUCGAUGGCUAUUAGUAAUGCUAACGGCAACACUUGGAUGACUUCAUUGCCGGAAUAUCCAAACGUCCGAGAAAUGUAUUAG